CUUGUUAGUUCAACUCAUUGUCAAUGUAAUCCUUUAGUACGUAACGGCAAGAAUAGUUGAAAAUGAAUAUUCUUUGUUCUCCAUACAUUGCUUCUUAAACUCUCUCUCUGAACAUGGGUUCUAUUAUUGACGGCGACGUUCCAGAAUUGGAACAGUGCCUUCUUCAGGAUGAAAGGAGCAAACAAUACACAUGUGAUGGUUCAGUUGACUUUAGACGGAAGCCUGCUAUUAAGCACAACACUGGCAAUUGGAGAGCUUGUCCAUUUAUUCUAGGCAAUGAAUGUUGCGAACGUUUGGCUUUCUUUGGCAUUACAACAAACCUUGUUACCUAUCUAACCACCAAACUGCAUGAAGGAAACGCCUCUGCUGCGAGAAAUGUCAGCGUCUGGCAAGGAACCUGUUAUCUUACACCUCUCAUUGGAGCUGUUCUGGCAGAUGGUUACUGGGGAAGAUACUGGACAAUUGCUGUUUUCUCUAUGAUUUAUUUCCUUGGGAUGUGUAUCUUGACAAUUUCUGCCUCUGUUCCAUCAUUGAAGCCAGCUGAGUGUUUGGGUUCGGUAUGUCCUCCGGCUAGUCCUGUGCAAUAUUAUCUGUUCUACUUUGGUCUCUAUGUAAUUGCACUUGGGACUGGUGGUGUAAAAGCAUGUGUGUUAUCUUUUGGAGCAGAUCAGUUUGAUGAUACUGAUUCCAAGGAAAGGGCCAGGAAGGCUUCCUUUUUCAACUGGUAUUAUUUUUCGAUCAUGAUAGGCGCCAUUGUGUCAUGCACCUUUAUUGUGUGGGUUCAAGAUAAUGCAGGAUGGGGUCUUGGAUAUGGCAUUCCUGCUUUAUUCAUGGGGUUAUCCGUUGGAAGUUUCUUUUUAGGUACCCCUCUAUACAGGUUUCAAAAACCAAGGGGUAGUCCUCUUACAAGUAUGUGCCAGGUUGUAUUAGCAUCUGUCCGAAAGCAGAAUCUGGUUGUGCCGGAGGAUAGUAGUCUCCUGUACGAGAUGCCUAAUAAGAAAUCAGGAGUCGAAGGAAGUCGCAAACUGAUGCAUCGUGAUGAUCUGAGGUAUUUUGAUAGAGCAGCUGUAGUGUCUGAUUCAGAGAACAGAAGCGGUGACUAUUCUAAUCCAUGGAGGCUUUGCACUGUUUCACAGGUGGAAGAAUUGAAAAUCUUGAUUCGCAUGCUUCCAAUUUGGUCUACAGGCAUAAUAUUUUCUGCCGCCUACGCCCAGAUGUCAACAUUGUUUCUGGAGCAAGGAACUAUGAUGGAUACAAAUGUUAGUUCUUUCAAAUUAUCCCCAGCUUCCCUCUCAACUUUUGAUGUGGCAAGUGUUGUUUUGUGGGUCCCUGUCUAUGACAGGAUACUUGUUCCUAUUGCAAGGAAAUUUACAGGCAAGAAAAGGGGCCUUUCCGUGUUUCAAAGAAUAGGAAUUGGCCAUUUUAUUUCUGGGCUGUGUAUGUUAUCAGCUGCUAUUGUGGAGAUUAAACGUCUGCAACUUACAAGAAAGCUUGACCUUGUUGAUAAACCUGUUGCCGUACCCCUUAGUGUAUUAUGGCAAAUACCUCAAUAUUUCUUAUUAGGCGCAUCUGAGGUAUUCACAUUCAUUGGGCAGCUUGAAUUCUUCUAUGACGAAUCACCAGAUGCUAUGCGGACUUUAUGCAGUGCACUGCCACUCCUGAGUUUUUCAUUGGGGAAUUACUUGAGCUCUUUCAUUCUUACUAUAGUAACAUACUUUACUACACAAGGUGGAAGGCCUGGAUGGAUUCCAGAUAACUUGAAUAAUGGACAUCUUGAUUACUUUUUUCUGCUUUUAUCUGGACUUAGCUUAUUAAAUAUGUCAGUGUACAUAAUUGCUGCCAAAAUGUACAAGCAGAAGAAGAUUUCUUAAGAUUUUUUAAGCAUUUAUUACUCAUAGGAGUGGAAGCAUGAUCUGAUAUUUCCUUCAUUCAUUGUGGAUAUUGUUCUGUAUGAUAAAUAUGUAUAUGCUAAUUGGGAAAAUGGAUAGUAUGGGUUUUUGGAUCUUAACACGUUGUACAUAACUACAGUUGGAGAUCAGCCGAACCUCUGGCAUUGAAAGGCUCAUUCAAAGACAUGAUGAUCAAGCUGACAGGAUGUUACUCAACUACAUAUGGUUCAGUUUAGAAGGAAAUAAAAUAGGGGAGAUUCACAACUCAGAAAAAGGAAACUUGAAAAUCCUGUUAUUUUGAAUUUGAAACAUUGAUAAAAUUAUGCAGACUCAAGUGAAUUUUUCCUAAUUAAGUAUUGUUACAAAUAAUUAAAAUAUGAAAUAAAAAACGUGUACAAAC